CUCUGCACGAUCCCACUGUACAUGUGGAAAGGGUUCUUGGGGUUCUUCACAAUCACGAUCAUCCCGGGCAGGAAAAGGGGAAGCUCGGGGAGCUUCGGCUUCGCCCGCGCCAGCAACACCGUGAUGCCCAUAGCUGGAGAUCUGUCUCGUGAAAUCUUCGAUCCUGUUGCAGCCCAAUUAUUGGAUGCUCUUCUAGGACGAACAAAGGACAAGUAGGCCAUGGAUCGGAUCGUCGGCGGGAAGUACAAGCUAGGGCGUAAGAUUGGGAGCGGAUCCUUCGGAGAGAUCUUUCUCGCGACGCACGUUGACACGUUUGAGAUCGUCGCGGUUAAGAUCGAGAACAGCAAGACCAAGCAUCCACAGUUGCUUUACGAGGCCAAGCUGUAUGGCAUUCUUCAGGGAGGAAGUAUGUCAACCAAGCCAUAUGGUUCGCAUUUGGUCUUCGAAACAGUCUAAGUCCUACAUUUCCCUUUUUUUAUGAUCAUGCAUGAUGGUUGUGGAUUGUUUUGUUUGGCUUCUUGGGUGGACUG